GCGGCCCUUUCCGAGGAGACCCGGCCAAGAUGGCGGAGGUAGAGCAGAAGAAGAAACGAACGUUCCGGAAGUUCACCUACAGAGGGGUGGACCUGGACCAGCUCCUCGACAUGUCCUACGAGCAGCUGAUGCAGCUGUACAGCGCCCGGCAGCGCCGGAGGCUCAACCGCGGCCUGCGCCGCAAGCAGCAGUCCCUGCUGAAGCGCCUGCGGAAGGCCAAGAAGGAGGCACCCCCCAUGGAGAAGCCUGAGGUGGUCAAGACCCACCUGAGGGACAUGAUCAUCCUCCCAGAGAUGGUGGGCAGCAUGGUGGGGGUCUACAACGGCAAGACCUUCAACCAGGUGGAGAUCAAGCCCGAGAUGAUUGGCCACUACCUGGGGGAGUUCUCCAUCACCUACAAGCCGGUGAAGCACGGCCGGCCUGGCAUCGGUGCCACCCACUCCUCCCGCUUCAUCCCGCUCAAGUAACAGGCACAGGGCCUUGGCCGGGUGUCAAUAAAGAGAU